AUGUCUUAUGAUCGUUAUGUUGCCAUCUGUGAUCCCCUUCAUUACAUUACCCGAAUGAGCAGGAAACAUUGUGUUUGGCUUAUAACAGCCACAUUCACUUUUGGUUUUGUUGACCCUGUCAGCAUAGUUAUCCUUAUAUCUAAACUGUCAUAUUGUGCUUCCCAUGUUAUUAACCAUUUUUUCUGUGAUGUCACACCAUUGCUAAAACUUUCCUGCAGCAGCACUUUUAUUGUGGAACUUUUAAUGUACAUUGAAGAGACAUUGCUGACUUUCAAUUCCUUCCUCCUUACUCUGAUCUCAUACUUAUUUAUCAUCUCUGCUAUCCUGAAAAUCCAAUCCUCAGAGGGGAGACAAAAAGCCUUUUCUACCUGUGCUUCUCACCUGACCUGUGUGAUAACCCUUUAUAUGACAAUUAUUUGCUUGUAUGUGAGACCCACAACAAGUUAUUCCCCGGAAAGGGACAAGUAUUUUUCACUGUUGUACAUUGUCCUGGGCCCUGUGCUAAAUCCUCUGAUUUAUACACUAAAAAAUAGAGAAUUUAAAUCUUCUUUUAUAAGAACAAGGCAAAGAAUUACAUUUAUUUUAUAUCAGUAUUAG